GGGACCUCUUGGUUGCCCUGUACAAGAUGCAGGAGGACGAGCACGUGAUGAACAGUCUGGCUGAAUGGUUUGAGCUCUCCUUCGCCUUGGUAAAUGACGACUGGGGCCGAUUGCUGGACCUUCACGUGCUGGAUGCGCUGGUGAGGACUCUCCGGGGAUGCGUGGAAGGCGCUGGCGGGGCAGUUUGCCCGUUUCGUGCAGCCCUGGCAGAUCUGGCAAGAGUCUGUGGUGAGAGGCACGAAGAAAUGGAGGAUCCGCUGAAGGCAGCAGAGGCCUUCAAGACAGCAACGAUGGCAAACGGCAGAGACAAAGACCUGAAGAUGCGACUUUUGGCUGCGCUACUGCGAGCCCAUGCAGUGGGUCUUGAAGUGGAUAAGGAUGAG